ACCAGCCUGAGCCAGCCGAGAUGAUGCGCCUUGAAGACCCACACUUGAAUCAAGUGCCAAGCAAAUUCCGUGGAUCCCUGGCUCCCAAGGAAGAGCUGGUGUCCAUCUCCCAACCGGAGGAAGAGGAGCAGAAUGAAGAGGAAGUGGAGGAAGAGGAGGAUGAAGAGGUGGGGGAUCCAGACCUGGCCCUGCACCUGGAGGAAGAGAAGGAAGAGAGUGACCUUGGGGCUCCACCUACAGUCAGUGCUGCCUCUAAGACACAGCCUACGUUUCCCAGUGCUGGUUUAUCAGCUGGGCAACUUGGACCUCAACUGGCCUCAUCAGACCUGUCUCUCUCCUGCGGCCCAUCGGCCUCAGGGUCGUCCAGCGUUCCCAGUCAUUUGACCCAGCUCCACCCUCAGCACCAACUCAUCCUGGAGCAGCAGCAGAGUCGAACCCCAAGUCCUCCAGUCAAGAAGUCUUGGUCCCAGCAGUCAGACCCCUAUGCUAACCUCAUGACCAGGAAGGAGAAGGACUGGGUGAUAAGAGUGCAGAUGGUUCAGCUGCAGAGUGAGAACCUCCGCUUGGAUGACUACUACUACCAGGAAUACUAUCGGAAACUAGAGAAGAAGCAGGUGGACCAAGAGCUACUGGGACAGAGGAGCCAGUUGGAAUCUCUCAAGCUGGAAACACCUUACAUUCAGAAGGCAGAGGUUUAUGAAUCAGUGGUUCGCAUUGAGGGUUCUCUGGGCCAAGUUGCUGUGUCAACAUGCUUCAGCCCUCGCAGAGCUAUUGAUGCCGUACCCCAUGGAACUCAAGAGCAGGAUACAGGAGCUGCAAGCAGCCAGAGGCUUCGGCUCUUACACCGGAUUGAGAAGAUGUUCCUGCAGUUACUGGAGAUCGAGGAGGGCCAGAAGGAUGGGCUCUCACAGCCCUUCUGCUCUGAGCAGCACAGCGACCAAGUUGAGAAGCUCUUCCAGGCUCUCAGGACCCAGGGGCAGAACAACUUGGAGGAAGUGGCAGAUAGCAUCCUGCAGGUGCUAUCCGUGAGGAAGGGGAAAGCCCUGGUGGCCCGACUGCUCCCCUUUCUGCCUCAGGAUCGGGCUGUCAGCCUGCUUCUGACUAUCACCCACCAUCUGCCCCUCCUGGUCCGGAGGGAUGUGACUGACCAGGCCCUGCAAAUGCUGUUCAAACCUCUGGGCAAAUGCAUCAGUCACUUAACCUUCCACGAACUCCUCCAAGGGCUUCAAGGACUCACGUUGCUGCCAGCCAGCUCCUCGGAACGACCGAUCACUGUGCUGCUUCAGAACCAGUUUGGAAUAUCUCUGCUGUAUGCUCUGCUGAGUCAUGGGGAGCAGCUGGUAGCCCUGGAUAAUUCUCUAGAGAAACCUAACAGUGACCACACAAGUUGGACAGACAUGGUAGUUCUGAUUGCCUGGGAGAUAGCCCAAAUGCCUACAGCUUCUCUGGCGGAACCACUAGCCUUCCCAAGCAACCUGCUUCCCCUGUUCUGUCACCAUGUGGACAAACAACUGGUUCAGCAGCUAGAAGCCAGGAUGGAGCUGGCCUGGGUCUGCUGAUCAGUUGAAGCUUUCUCCAUCUAUGUAUUCCGGAACCACCACCAGACACAGGUGGUGUGAGCUGGCCUAAAGGGAUUCAGAGAACGUAAAGAUAAUCCUUACACCUUAAGAUGUGGAGGACCUUGCCCCAAACCUGUUUAUAUCCUUUCUUCGAAAACCCAAAUAAUGUGCCUAACGUCAUGGCAUAAAAAGGUACAAUUAAAGAUGUAACAGAAAUGA